AUAUCUGCUGGAGGGAGGAUGGGCUGUGGGAAGAUAAAGAUGAUUGCCCAGCUGGUUUAAAGAUGGCCAUUAGCAGGUAAUAUGUGCCACAGACGGUGAUAGAAUACACGUUUCUGGCCACAUCAACCCAACACAAGGGGUGACCCAAUUCCUCCCCCCAGAUCCGGGACCUGCCAGGCCAUUACUACGAAACCCUCAAAUUCCUGGUGGGCCACCUCAAAACCAUCGCUGACCACUCGGAGAAGAACAAGAUGGAGCCCCGGAACCUGGCGCUGGUGUUCGGCCCCACGCUGGUGCGAACGUCCGAGGACAACAUGACCGACAUGGUGACGCACAUGCCCGACCGCUACAAGAUCGUGGAGACCCUCAUCCAGCACUCGGAUUGGUUCUUCAGCGACAAGGAGGACAAGGGUGAGAAGACCCCCGUGGAUGAGAAGGAGGCUCAGUCCGUGCCCAACAUCGAGUACCUGCUGCCCAACAUCGGCAGGACGGCGGCGCCCGGUGCCCACUCACGGGGCCGGGGCUGCUCCCCCGGGGCUCGGGGUCCCCAAAGGCGAGGGGACAAAGCCACGCCCGGGCCACUCCCCCCUUCCCCCGGCAUCACCGCGCCCCCUCCCCAGUUCACACCCUGCGACCCCUGCGGCACUCCCGGGGACCCCCGGCGGUGA